CGUCACAUACAUGCACCCAGAGUGCCCGCCGCAGCCGUUCUACGUCAAGCCACCGCCGUGGCGUCCAAAGCUUCUGCCUCUGGGAGUUGAAGUCCCUUCAGAGAGCGAAGGGGAAGAGAAGCGAGAUUCAUCGCGAAUAGAUCUGCGGGUCAGAGGCGGCUGCCGCCUCGCUCGGCGUUGACAAAAGAAUACGUCUCAAUUGUACAAAGACGCCGACUAAUAAAUAUGUCGACUGACCUGCUCCCAACACCUCCCGAGUCGGAUUGUGUGAAAACAAAGCCUGACACGAGUGAGGACCCAGCAGAGCAUCUGAAGCCAAGUUUGGACAAAGGAGAAGCCCCCGAGCACAUGUCCAAGCGACGGAUGAAGAAGCUCCUGAGGCAGAAACAGUGGGAAGAACAGCGAGAACUCCGCAAGCAAAAACGUAAGGAAAGACGCCAGAGAAGAAAAUUGGAACGACAGUCUCACCUGGAGUCAAAUUCGGAUGGCCAUGACAAGAAACGUUUUCGAAGUGAGGUCAUUCCCAGUCCACUCCGCCUUAUUGUUGACUGCAGUUUUGAUGACCUGAUGGUCUCAAAGGAUAUUAAGAAGCUCCAUAAACAGAUUCAGAGGUGUUAUGCAGAAAACCGUCGAGCAUCACAUCCUGUGCAGUAUUAUUUGACCAGCCAUGGAGGUCAGCUGAAAAAGAUCAUGGACGAAAAUGACAAAGGAUGGGUCAACUGGAAGGAUAUCCAUAUCAAACCAGAGCACUAUAGUGAACUUAUGAAGAAAGAGGACUUGGUGUAUCUUACGUCAGAUUCACCUAAUAUACUGAAGGAACUGGACGAAUCCAAGGCCUAUGUGAUUGGAGGCCUGGUGGAUCACAAUCAUCACAAGGGUAUCACAUAUAAACAAGCCUCAGAGCAUGGAAUUCAUCAUGCACAGCUUCCUCUUGGGGAUUUUGUGAAAAUGAAUAGUCGAAAAGUUUUAGCUGUUAAUCAUGUUUUUGAGAUUGUAUUGGAGUAUCUCGAGACCAGAGACUGGCAGGAGGCAUUUUUCAGCAUCCUUCCUCAGCGGAAAGGUGCUGUCCCCGCAGACAAAGCCUGUGAAAGCUCUUCACGCAAAUGCUCCAGUGCCAAGGAUGAGGAGGAGAGCGACUCGAGUGCAGAGGAAAGCACCGAUAACGCGCAGGCCUCAAUACAAGAAGGAGAGGCGCAGAACACGUAGCGCUCGGCUGUGGCAGUUGGCAGAGAGGGAGAAUCUGAGGUGCCCCUAAUGUCUGGCAUUGGAAGGGAGACCUGCGUUUCUGUUACACUCUUGAUUUAGUUACAUCAGUUAUUCUACAUGGGUGAGCCCUUUGAAGAUUAACUGAAAGAUGAUAAUUUUUUAAAUUUAUCCUCAGCAGUUUAGAAAAUGAGUGCCUAAGGAAUUAACACUUAAUGAUUGAUCAUUGUACAAACGGAGUGUACAGGAAUAGAUCGAGUGCUGGGCCUGGAGAAAGGAAGACCUUGAGUUUGCAUCCUGCCUCAGGCACUGACUGACUGUGUGACCCUGUCAGAGGUCCUCUGACCUCCAGCUGCUUCAAGCUUCUCAUCUGUAAUGGCUGCAGCAGAGGCCCCAGCUCACAGGGUUACUGUGAGCAUGGAACAAGAUAAUAAAUUUGUAAAGUGCUUUGUAAACCUUAAAGCAGUAUAUAAA